GAUCACAAAAUGGUGCAUGCUAUGCACUGCAAUUAGUGCAGCUUUGCUCUCUGCAUUGCCCAUUUGGGCUGUUGCAGAGCCGCUAGUAGAUUGUUUCUUCAUAUUUGGAGAUUCUAUAGUCGAUAAUGGCAACAACAAUAAUCUCGUCACAUUAGCUAAAUCCGAUUUUCCUCCUUAUGGCAUCGAUACUCCCAACCAUAGGCCUACAGGAAGGUUUACCAACAAUCGGACAAUUGCUGAUAUCACUGGUGAGCUUCUAGGGUUCAAAGAUUACAGCCCUCCUUAUGCGGAUUCACAUAACGCGAAUUUACUACCUGGCAUCAACUAUGCAUCUGCGGCAGCUGGAAUACGAGACGAAACUGGACAGCAUCUGGGUGGACGGAUCAGUUUUAACCAUCAGUUGAGAAAUCAUCAGGAUAUCAUCUCAAGAAUCGUCAAUUUUCUUGGAAGUAAUGAGUCUGCCACAACGCACCUCAACAAGUGUUUAUAUUUUGUUGGAUUGGGCAAUAAUGAUUACAUUAACAACUAUUUACUGCCGCUAUCUUACCCCUCUAGCCGCACCUACACCCCGGACCAAUUUGCCCAGGUUCUUAUUCAACAAUAUUCUGAGCAAAUUAAGACAUUGUACAGCUAUGGAGCCAAAAAGGUUGUGUUGUACUCACUGCUACCUAUCGGAUGUGCUCCGAAUGAGAUUGCUAAAUAUGGAACCAACGGUGCUCUCUGUGUGGAAAAUAUCAAUGCCCAAGUCAUGCUCUUCAAUAGCAGACUCCGAUCACUUGUUGAUGAACUCAACAGCAAUUUCAAAGAUGCCAAUUUUGUAUACGUCAAUUUGUUUGAUCUUGCGCUUUCAGCAAUCAGUAAUCCUGGAUUAUUCGGUUUCAAGGUAACAAACUGCGCAUGCUGUGGAGUAGGGCCGAAUAAUGGAAUUGCAUGUAUUCCUCUGGAAGUACCUUGUCAAAACAGAGCUGAGUAUUUAUUCUGGGAUGCAUUUCAUCCUACUGAGGCUUCAAACUUGAUUAUUGCUCAAAGAAGUUACCAUGACCAGAGUUUAAACGUCACUUAUCCCAUGGAUAUAUCUACCCUAGCUCGGCUUCAACGAGCUAGCUAGGGCAUGCAUCUAAUCAUAUGAUCCUUUUAAGCUUUAGCACCGACCACUCCUAAGAAAUUUGUGUUAAAUUUAUAAUUCAUUGUACACGACUCCGCGAUUCUGCAAUAUAUGUACUGCCUGUACCAUUCCAUGAUU